CAGGUUCAUGGGGCAACUUAGUGACAAUCAUUGCUAUUUUCUGGUUCUCAGGAUGUUAAUUCUAAAUGGUACUUGCCUUGAUAAAGAAUGAUUUCAGUGGAGAAGUAAUUAGUUUACAAAGGAGAGUUCUCAGCAUGUGGAUAUAGGUUAAACUGAGUCCUCAUGGUGUUUUACAGUACAUUUUUAUACCUGAAAUUUCUGGUAGUGUGGGCACUUGUCCUCCUGGCAGAUUUUGUCCUGGAGUUCAGAUUUGAAUACCUGUGGCCGUUUUGGCUUUUCAUCAGAAGCGUCUAUGAUUCCUUCAGAUACCAGGGACUGGCCUUCUCAGUGUUUUUUGUUUGUGUAGCAUUCACGUCAAAUAUCAUAUGUCUGCUGUUCAUCCCCAUACAAUGGCUUUUUUUUGCUGCUAGCACAUAUGUAUGGGUUCAGUACGUAUGGCACACAGAAAGAGGAGUGUGUUUGCCCACAGUGUCCCUCUGGAUACUCUUUGUUUAUAUUGAAGCAGCAAUUAGAUUUAAAGAUCUCAAAAAUUUUCAUGUAGACCUUUGUCGUCCAUUUGCUGCUCACUGUAUUGGGUACCCUGUGGUGACUUUGGGCUUUGGCUUCAAAAGUUAUGUAAGCUACAAAAUGCGGUUAAGGAAGCAAAAGGAAGUACAAAAAGAGAACGAAUUUUACAUGCAGCUUCUUCAACAAGCCCUACCCCCAGAGCAGCAGAUGUUACAGAAGCAAGACAAAGAGUCUGAGGAAGCUGCCAAAGGAUUACCUGAUAUGGACUCCUCCAUCCUUAUACACCACAACGGAGGCAUCCCAGCCAACAAAAAACUCUCCACAACUUUGCCAGAGAUAGAAUACCGAGAAAAAGGGAAAGAAAAGGACAAGGAUGCCAAAAAACACAACCUUGGAAUAAAUAACAACAAUAUUCUACAACCUGUAGACUCUAAAAUACAAGAAAUUGAGUAUAUGGAAAAUCAUAUCAACAGUAAAAGGUUAAAUAAUGAUCUUGUGGGAAGUACAGAAAACCUCUUGAAAGAGGACUCAUGCACUGCUUCCUCAAAAAAUUACAAAAAUGCCAGUGGAGUUGUGAACUCCUCACCUCGAAGUCACAGCGCCACAAAUGGGAGCAUUCCUUCUUCAUCUAGUAAAAAUGAGAAGAAGCAGAAAUGCAGUAGCAAGAGCCCAACUACACACAAAGACUUAAUGGAAAACUGUAUUCCUAAUAACCAGCUAAGCAAACCAGAUGCACUGGUAAGUGUCUAUGGCUGCCUUUGCACGACAGUGAUGGAGUUGAGUAGCUGUAAUGGCUUACAAAGCCGAAGGCUGGAACAAGACAUUAAAAAAUUAAAGGCUGACCUGCAGGCCAGCAGGCAAGUGGAACAAGAGCUCCGCAGUCAGAUCAGCUCCCUCUCGAGCACGGAGCGAGGGAUCCGCUCAGAAAUGGGCCAGCUUCGGCAGGAGAAUGAGCUGCUGCAGAACAAGUUACAUAAUGCUGUGCAAGUGAAGCAAAAAGACAAACAGAAUAUCAGCCAGUUGGAAAAAAAGCUAAAAGCUGAGCAGGAAGCCCGAAGCUUUGUAGAAAAGCAGUUAAUGGAAGAGAAAAAGAGGAAGAAGUUAGAAGAAGCUACUGCUGCCCGGGCUGUUGCAUUCGCUGCUGCGUCCAGGGGAGAGUGCACCGAAACCUUACGGAAUCGGAUCAGAGAAUUGGAGGCAGAGGGCAAGAAGCUCACAAUGGACAUGAAGGUGAAAGAAGACCAGCUCAGAGAACUAGAACUGAAAGUCCAGGAGCUUCGGAAGUAUAAGGAAAAUGAGAAGGACACUGAGGUGUUAAUGUCAGCUCUCUCAGCCAUGCAAGAUAAAACACAGCACCUGGAGAACAGCCUGAGCGCAGAAACGAGGAUCAAGCUCGACCUGUUCUCCGCACUGGGGGACGCAAAGCGGCAGCUCGAGAUUGCCCAAGGACAAAUUCUUCAGAAAGACCAGGAAAUCAAGGACCUAAAACAGAAGAUAGCCGAAGUCAUGGCCGUCAUGCCCAGCAUAACGUACAGUGCCGCCACCAGCCCCCUGAGCCCGGUUUCCCCCCACUACUCUUCCAAAUUUGUGGAGACCAGCCCCUCUGGACUCGACCCCAACGCCUCUGUUUACCAGCCCAUGAAGAAGUGAAGACCAGCUGUGUUUCACCCAACAAUGUGGUUACCAGAAGGCAUUGCGAAGAAGCAUCUCUGGCAGUCAAGAUAACAAAAAGUUUAUAUUGUAUUUUGUGGGACUGUAUAUGUUGUCAUUUUUAAAAAGGGGGGAAGAUAACUCCACAUCUGAUUAGAGCUGCCCAUCAGUUUUUCUUGUAAAUUUUUAGAAGACCUCACAGAACUUUGCAGUUUAUUUUUCUCGGCCAAUGCAUUAAAACCAUUCUUGGAUUUCAAGUAGCCAAUUUUGCCUUUUAUGUAAUCUUACAGUUUCCUCUUGAAGAAAGAAAAAAAAGGGGGGUUUUGCUUCUCAAUCCUCUAUUUUUGUUUUGUUUCGUUCCAAAAUAAGCAAAACCUGCACAUUGGAUCCAUGUGGGGUGAUAAUGAAAACUUUGUUUUUAAGAGUGAAGGAGUUAAAUAACCUAACACAGUUUUGAUUGUAUAGUUGAAUUCAAGAAGGUGAUUCUUAAUAUUACAGAAAACAACAUUUGAUUACCCCUCUAAGGACCAAACAAAUUGAAAGAGUGUCAUUUAAGCUGAGGGGAGAGACUCAGGCAAUGAGACUAGAUGUGUUUGAAAUGUUUCUAUUCCCAUCAGUGUGUUUAGACCUAGAAAAUUGCUAGCGGCAGUCUUGUUCACAGUGCCUUGGGAAAAGACAUUUCAAGAGGAAACUUGAUGAUUUUAGACUAUUUUCCCCCUUCGUCAUCAUCUAUCUUCUAUCUGUAUCGAGCUCACUGCGGAUCCUGCUGUAAAACUGGUGGGUAGCUGGGCUGUUCGUUACCACCACGACCAGCACUUCCUUUCCUGUCAUAGAAAGCUCCACAGUGUUCUGGAUUUGUCUAAAAUCCAGCACCUUGGGAAGGUGAGCUGGGUGGUGUUUGUGUACGUGAGGCUGCAAUGACAGCUAAUAAAAGCUGCAGUUCUAGGUUCUUCUGUUUUUGUUUUGUUUCGUUUUCAUUUCAUUUCACUUAACUGUGCUUUUCACUCUUCAUCAUCUUAUGUUUGAUGAUUUAAAACAAACUUGACUAUUCCUCAGCUCUUGUGAUUAGGAGGGUUUUUUUUUGUUUUGUUUUGUUUUGUUUAAAAAAUUCUAAACUCAAAACUCUGCACAAAGAUUUCAGUUUCAAGUGUAUAUUAUACAUUGAUAGAAAAGUGUUUGCACUGGCAAUUUUUGGAAGUGUUUAAGAAGCGGGGGGGGGGGGGGGGAGGGACUGGGAGAGGGAGGGGCAAAGCAAAAUUGUAUUUGGAAACUAGGAAAAUUAAGAAACCAAAUAGAUUGGUUUUGCUUCCUUGCCAUGGAUUCUGGAAGGACAUAGUUCUUCUAAAAUUUCCUGUUAAUUGGCAUGUACGUCUCAUUUAAAGAAAAUUAAGUAGGACAAGCAAGUCAGCAAAAUAGAAGUAUUAAAAAGAAUCAUCCUUUUAAACACAGAUCUUAUUUUGGGAUUUAAAAAAAACUUCUAGCUUUAGCCAGGUGUGCAUGUUGCUGCCAUUUUGCAUUUUUGAAUCAUCUUGUGUAAUUGUCACCAUGAAAGUGUUACUCAGAAUUGUCAUAGAUUUUUUUCAUCUUUGUGCAAAAACAUGGAAAAUUGUCACUGACUUUGUGUUGAGGUUUCCCCCAUUUUGCUGCCUUUUGGGACACUAUUUUCGUUAAAUACUUGGUCUUGGCUGCAUUUUUUUUUUUUUCCUGUGGGGUUCAAAAGAAUAAACAUUUUCUUACAGAUAAA